UGAUGAUGAUCCGAGGUGCUUGCGGAAGCGCCUGCAAUCUAGUAGAGUGUGGCACUUCGAACGGUUCGCCCGCGAAGACGCAGUGCUUGUCUGUAGAGUUGGAUUAAUGGAGGCUGAUAUCAAUCAAAUGUUCACCGAGCACGACAUCGUUCCGGUGUUGAUAGACCGCGCGCCGCUCGUUUUCGCUAAGGUUGCCUAUCGCUCGAAGAAGCUUGUCGAUGCAGGCAAGGAACUGACCCCGACAGAGGUUCGCUUCGAGCCCAAAGUCGAGUGGUGUGCCGAUCCAAGAGUUUUAUACACACUAAUAAUGAUCGAUCCGGACUCCCCCAGCCGAACGGAACCAUCGAACAGAGAGUUCGUCCACUGGUUGGUUGGUAACAUUCCCGGGAAGCAUGUGGAGCAGGGCGAGAUCCUGGUCGAAUAUUUGGCCACGUUUCCUCGCUCGGGAACUGGGUACCAUCGAUACAUCUUUCUACUUUACCAGCAGCAAUGUCGCAACGAUUACUCCGAGGUGCCUCGGGUCUCCGGAAAGAACCGAACACCCCGCUUGAGAUUUUCCGUGCGUGAAUUCGCUUACCGUUACAGUCUGGGUCAUCCGAUCGCGGGCAAUUUCUUCGUAGCCCAGUUUGACGAGUACGUUCCGGUGAUUAUUUCACAGUUCCCGGCUUCGAGCGAAUAUUGAAGAAUAAAUUAAGAUCUGAUAACACUCGUGUAUAGAUUAAGUAUGUUGCUUUAUGAUAAUGGCAGACUGGGACGGAUGACACAAGGAAAGCGCAUUUUGUAUGUGUGUGUGAUGUGCAUUUAUUUAUACGGAAUAAAACGUCAGGACAACAAA